AGGACAUGGUGGACAAACAAAUUUUAUCUCGAUAACUAUUAAAUAUAUACACGUAUAAAUCAUCCAGCACGUAACACAGUAAAAUAUGUCGUCUAAAUCUUAUUAUGGCUAUGUUGAUGAAGAAAAUCCAGAAUUAUUUGACAUUCGGGCGAUGCCACCACAACCAACGGAGCUAAAAUUAGGUCAGCUUCCUGCAGAGACUAUAAAACGAUUCUUUGAAGACGGCUUUAUAAUUAUAAAAGACUUUUUUAAGCCAGAAGAAUUAAAUCCAGUCAGGGAUGCAAUAGAUGAGCUUGUUGAAGGUCUAGCACAAAAACUCUACAAAGCAGGCAAAAUAAAAGAAUUAUUCAGUGAAUAUGGAUUAUUCCAGCGUCUUAUAAAAAUAGACGAGGCUUUCCCUGGUGCAAAUAUUAUUCUUCACAAAACAGGCAACCUUCCUCAGGCUUUCCGAGACUUAUGGUCCAAUGAACGCUUACUCAAUAUAAUAGAGCAGUUGAUUGGUCCAGACAUUGCUGGUUCCCCGGUGUGGAACCUCAGGACAAAGACGCCGAAGAAUGAAGCAACGCUUGUUCCUUGGCAUCAAGAUAGUGCUUACUUUGACAAUGACUCGUACAAAGUGUUGAUACCUUCAGCUUGGAUACCUCUUCUGGAUACUAAUCAAUUUAAUGGAGGCAUGGAGAUGGUAAAGAAGGCACAUGCUAAAGGCAAAGUAGGAAAUCAUCAGUGUUGCUAUGGAAACACGUGGUAUGUGAUGAUGGAUGAAGAAGAAAUGUCAAAGACACUUGAUGUUAAUAUAGAAAAAGAGUCGCAGAAAUGCGAAGUACCUUAUGGUGGAAUAAUACUUUUUAACAAUAUGACUCCUCAUCGCAGCCUUCCAAAUGUAUCAACCGAUAUAAGAUGGAGUUUGGAUUUACGUUGGCAGCGACCUGAUGCACCUUUUGGGCUAUGGAAUUUAAAACCAGGGGUCGUUAUGAGAUCAUCGACUGAUCCGAAACUGAAACCAGACUGGGACACGUUUUGUUCUAUAGAUAGAACAGCAGCACAAAAAGAGUCUAUUAAAGAUUUUGUAGAGGUUCCAGACGAUGAGUUUGAUACAACUAUUCAGGGGCCAUGGAUGAAAAAAUGGGAAAUAGUUCAUAUGAAUGCCCAUACGGAUAAACAUGAAGAAGUAGAGAGAACAAAAAGCUAACAACAUAUCUAUAGGAACUGUAUAAUGCAAAGGUGUAAUCAUGCGUAUAUAUGAAAAAACUAAAUUUGUAAAACACAGAACAAUAAAAGGGUGUUGCCAUAAA